AUUGGGUAAAUUCAUAUGGAGGUGGAGUUCGUGCGCCACGUGACUGGCCCGCGCGACAUGGAGGAGCCGGAAGCGGAUAGGAAGAGGCCUCGAGAGGAGGAAGAUGACACAGCAGAAGGCCUGUCAGAAGAUGAGGACUACGUGCCUUAUGUGCCCGUCAAGCAGAGAAAGCAGCAAAUGCUACAGAAGUUGCUACAGAUGCGACGGAAGGGAGCGGUGGAGGAGGAGCAGAAAGACAGCGGCAGUGAGCCCCGGGGAGAUGAAGAUGACAUUCCACUGGGCCCCCAGUCCAAUGUCAGCCUCCUAGACCAGCACCAGCACCUGAAGGAGAAGGCGGAAGCCCGGAAAGAGUCUGCCAAGGAGAAACAGCUGAAAGAGGAGGAGAAGAUCUUGGAAAGUGUGGCAGAGGGCCGAGCUCUCAUGUCCGUGAAAGAGAUGGCGAAAGGAAUCACCUAUGAUGAUCCCAUCAAAACCAGUUGGAAGGCCCCUCGAUACGUGCUGAGCAUGUCUGAAUCCCGGCAUGACCGUGUUCGCAAAAAGUACCACAUCUUGGUGGAAGGAGAGGGGAUUCCGCCCCCCCUCAAGAGCUUCAAGGAAAUGAAGUUUCCUGCAGCCAUUCUGAGGGGCCUGAAGAAGAAGGGAAUCCACCAACCCACCCCCAUUCAGAUCCAGGGCAUCCCUACCAUCCUUUCUGGCCGUGACAUGAUUGGCAUUGCUUUCACUGGCUCUGGCAAGACAUUAGUGUUCACUCUGCCUGUCAUCAUGUUUUGCCUGGAACAGGAGAAGAGAUUGCCAUUCUCCAAGAGGGAGGGGCCCUAUGGGCUCAUUAUCUGCCCUUCGCGAGAAUUGGCCCGUCAGACCCACGGGAUCUUAGAGUAUUACUGUCGGCUACUGCAGGAAGACAGCUCGCCACCCUUACGCUGUGCCCUCUGCAUUGGGGGCAUGUCAGUCAAGGAGCAAAUGGAAACCAUCCGGCAUGGAGUGCACAUGAUGGUGGCCACCCCUGGGCGUCUCAUGGACCUUCUGCAGAAGAAGAUGGUGAGUCUGGACAUCUGCCGCUACCUGGCCCUGGAUGAGGCUGACCGAAUGAUUGAUAUGGGCUUUGAGGGAGAUAUCCGAACCAUCUUCUCCUACUUCAAGGGUCAGCGACAGACGCUGCUUUUCAGUGCUACCAUGCCCAAAAAGAUCCAGAACUUUGCUAAGAGUGCCCUGGUAAAGCCUGUCACCAUCAACGUGGGCCGGGCAGGCGCUGCUAGCCUGGAUGUCAUCCAGGAGGUGGAGUAUGUGAAGGAAGAGGCCAAGAUGGUGUACCUUCUGGAGUGUCUGCAAAAAACACCCCCACCAGUGCUGAUCUUUGCAGAGAAGAAGGCAGAUGUGGACGCCAUCCAUGAAUACUUGCUUCUCAAGGGCGUGGAGGCUGUAGCGAUCCAUGGAGGCAAAGAUCAAGAAGAACGAACCAAGGCCAUUGAGGCAUUCCGGGAUGGGAAGAAAGAUGUCCUAGUGGCCACUGAUGUGGCCUCCAAGGGCCUGGACUUUCCAGCCAUUCAGCAUGUCAUCAACUACGAUAUGCCUGAGGAGAUUGAGAAUUAUGUUCAUCGAAUUGGCCGGACAGGGCGCUCUGGGAAUACAGGCAUCGCCACCACCUUUAUCAACAAGGCCUGUGACGAGUCAGUACUUAUGGAUCUCAAAGCCCUCCUGCUUGAAGCCAAGCAGAAGGUGCCUCCUGUGCUGCAGGUCCUCCACUGUGGGGAUGAGUCCAUGCUGAUCAUUGGAGGAGAGAGAGGCUGCACCUUCUGUGGGGGUCUGGGCCAUCGCAUCACCGACUGCCCCAAGCUGGAGGCCAUGCAGACCAAACAAGUCAGCAACAUUGGCCGCAAGGACUACCUGGCCCACAGUUCUAUGGACUUCUGAGCCCCCCCCUCCCCUGCAAGGUUGGAGCCAGAAGACCAGGUGCCAGCAGCCCUCUAGGAGAGACCACCUGGAUUCUCUGCUUGGGCUGGCCCUACCCUGCCCCUAGAGGGGGCAGAAGACCUGCUGUCUUCCACCUUUUCAUCUUCUCCUCCUCUGGGGGUGCCAGCUGUUAAAUUAGAAGGACUGAGCUCACGUCUAAAAUGUUUUAAGCGCUGCAAAGCACCUUUCUCCAAAUAACCCUAUGAAAAGGUAGUGGGAAGGAGUGUUAGCCCCAUUUUACUAAGAAAAAACUCUGAGACUUUGAUCCUCUCAGCUGGAAAUGUCAAAGCUAGGAUUUGAACCUAGGUCCUCUGGCUCCAUGCUACAUCUCAGUGUGGAAUUCAGUACUUCGUGUGUUCUGGCUCUGUCACUGGCCAUGCACAGAAGCCUUCUCCUCUCCUCCCCCACUCCUACCGCUCAGCCUCACCUUCAUGCCCUGGAAAAGCAGGCUGAGACAAGUACCCGUUUCAAACUCUUGGCCUAGGCUGUUGUGCAAUCCUUCCCUGUUGUGACUUCUUGUUCCUCUUCCCCAUAGGCUCCACCUUGGUCAGGUCCAAAACUAGUGGGAGCAGAUGCACAUUUCCUAAGUUGUAGGGUAGCCCGCUGUGUGGGUCUCUUCCUGGGCUCCUGCUUGCCUAUCUCCCAGCCUCUUAUUUCUCUUUCCUAAACUCUGUCCCCUCCCCAAGGACCAUAACUAGUAGGUGGAACAAGCCUAGAAAAUUGUGGGGUGAGGGAAGGCAGGUUGGUUUCUGCUUUUAAGUGAUGUUUCCUGUCCAUUCUAUUAUAACUUAUAGCAUUUAGCCUCAUACCAUUUGCCUCCCAAAUCUUUCCAUAAAGUUGAUUGUAGGAGUGAGGGUUGAAAAGUCCCAUGAGUCCCAGAAGAGGAGGGCCAGGGCCUGCUUGACAGUCCCCUUUCUUGUAGCCUCCUAGGCCAAGUCUCUUUUUUAAAAUAAAUUUUUAUUGAUAGUUCUUGUUUUUAUGUCACUUAAAUUUUCCUCUAUGUUUUUCUGUUUCCCCUUUGCCAAAGAGCUAUCUCUUAUAACAAAGAUUUUUUUUUUCAAAGAAAAAAUCAAAAUUGAUCAGUGCAUCAGAAAAAUCUGACAUUAUGUGCGACAUUAUGUGCGGUGUCCCACAGCCAUGUUCUCUACCUUUAGAGGAGUUGGAGGGAGGGCCUUUUCUCAUAUUUCUUUAUAAUAUUGAAAUAUUCAUUUUGACUGGUUUAUGAUCAUGAUUCUUUCCAUCUGUGUUGACAUAGUCUUUGUGUAUACUGUUUUCCUUACUUCUCUGUAUACAUAUUUGUCCUUUCUCUUAGUACAGUCAUAUUCCAUUACAUUCACCUACCAUAAUUUGUUUAGCCAUUUCCUAAUUGUUGGGCAUCCCCUUUGUUUCCAGUUGUUUGCUGCCCCCAAAAAAUGUUGCUAUGAAUAUUCUGGUGUCUAUGGAGCCUUUUUGUCAGUGACCUCCUUUGAGUAUGUGCCUGGCAGUGGGAUCUCUGAGUCAAAUGUUAUAGAGAUUUUAGCCGCUUGAUUUGCAUAAUCCCCAUUUGGGUUCCACAAUGGUUGUACUAAUUCUCAGCUCCACCAAAAUGUAUCACUGUGCCUAUCUUCCUACAACCCCUCCAACAUGAAUUAUUCCCAUC